AUUUGUAAAUAAGUGACUGAGCUGCUGUAAACAACCUUUCUCUGCGUCAUAUAAAAAUAGCACGGUUCAUAAACUGUAGACCUAGUUUACAGGAAAGUGCAGGCAUGAAGAGAGCUCGGGUUUGCAUUGGCCCACAACUUUCUGAAGUGCAUGUUUCCCUCCUGUCUUCCGCCUUCUACAAUUUCAAUUCUACAUCCUUGUGCUCAUGAUUUUGUUGAUUUACCACACCGAGAGAUUGAGGAAAGACUUUGGCCUUUAAAGCAGCACAGAAACACUGCCUGAAAAUUACGGUAAGAUUUUAAUUUAAGAAUUCAAAUUAAAGAAUCAAGUUUUAUGUUGUUUAAUAAAUAUUUGUGGAUUCAGCGUGACCAUUCUGAAGCCAUCCGUGGGUUGUUCCGUCGUAAAGUUUAACUCCAACUUAAAAAGCAUCAACUUGACAUUAAAAAGGUUUCUAAUUUGUAAUUCUCUCUUUUUAUGUCUAGUAAUGACCACAGAGGUGUAAUAAAGCUGUUCAAAGAAGAAAUUAUGUGCAGUGUCUCCAGACCUUAAGUGUGAAUAUCUCAUUGUAUUCUUAUAACAAGCUCCAUGAUUUCAGUCUAAAAUUGCUCUUCACUCUGUGAAGUGAAACAUACUGAUCACAUGUUAAAGGAGAAUAAAUCAUUUUGGAAACCAGUUAUUCUGACCAUUUAUGGUCUUUGUGACUCAAAUUGAGUUAUUAAAGUUAUUAAACUAUUGAAAUCAUGAAACUGAAGAGUGAAAGAGUGCAAUCACAAAACGAUCAGAAUCAGUUUUUUAAAAAUAGUUCGUAAAACUCAAUCAAGACGAUUUGAAACAAGUUUACAAAACAAACGUCUAGCGUGAAUUAUUAAUCAUUUAAAGACAAAAAAGCUUUUUUUUAUAAAAGUUUAAUAUCUGUCUGACGCAUGUUUUUAUAUUUUCUAAUUCAGAUUGAGAGAGGAAGGAAGUAGAGAAGUUGCUUAGUGGGUAGAGAUUGCACAUUUGUUGACUUGAUGCACAGCACCAAAUCACCAUGAACGACAUUUUAAAAUGUGUAUUUAAUGAUCUGUUCUCCACAGAAACCAUCAUUUGUGCCUGUUUUUUUAACAUCAAGAAUGAAGGCCUUGUCCUGGUUUUGGUUUGUGGUGAGUGCAGUCUCAGCUGCAGGCAAAGGCGUCGUCACAAAACCCGGGCAGCGUGUCACUCUGGGAUGUGGGAGCAGAAGCUCCUUCAGGAGCCUGGAUUGGUUUCAUGAAAGAAACCUGAUUCUUAGUGUCAACGGAAGGAGUGGCACCAAUCGCAAAGGCACAGCCAAAAUCCUGCCAAGGUCAAAGGUGAGGCAGGGGAGUGAUCUGGAGAUCUCCGGAGUGAAGAAAGAAGAUGCUGGAAAAUUCCUUUGCACUUUAGACGGGGAUUCUCAUACGAUCACGCUUUUUGUGGUCUCAGUCUCGACCAGUCCACCUGACGAGCUUCAGCUGGGCAGGGAGGGCACUCUCCAGUGUGAGGUAGCAGGUCUGCCCCCGGACUCAAUCGUCCAAUGGACAAGGCCAGACGGACAAUUAGACUCGGGAACAGUCCAUUUUAAUCCUGUGACCCUCGCAGAUAAAGGGCGAUGGGUGUGUGGCUUCUCUUAUGACGGGGACACAUUCAAUGAAAUCUUGGACAUCAAAAUUAAAGAGUCCGAACCACUGACAUCAUCCCCUACCCAGAGUUCAAAGGUGGACCAUAAGACGUCAUGCACCAACUGUGUCUGUUCUCCCCCUGGAUGUACUGACCAGCCACACCGUAUUGGACUGGACGACUGGUGGCUGUGGGUUGCAAUAGGAGUCGGCAGCUUCUUUGUGGUUCUUCUUAUGGUCUGCAUCAUUGUUUUGUGCAGGAGAAACCGGAGAAAGAAGAGAAAAUUCCAGAGGAUGAUGACUGAGCGUCAAUCAGAGAGGCCCAGAAAGUACUGCGAGUGUAACUGCCCGACAGCUGCGGCCAAACCACAGCAAGGACGUCACAAAGGGAAGCCGUCAGCUCUGCCUCUGAAACCCCUGCUAAUGCAGUGACACAUGAAAGACAGAUCGAAGAGAGGAGCGGCAGAGCAAAAGAAAAGGAGAGAAAGAGAGGAGUAGAUGGAGAUUAAGGAGAAGAGAGAGAACGUGAAACAGAACCCCAGAGUGAAUGUGGCAUGAAUGUAAAUGGGCUUUUAAAAACUCCCGAUGAAAAAUCAAAUGUAAUGAUGUUGACGCUUUGAGCUGUUUCACCAAAUCUAACCAGUGACGUGAAUGUGACUGGGGUCUAAGUUCCACUGCAACCGUCUGUGCCUAUGUUUUACCUUUAUGCAGCGUAUGAUUAUAUAAUCUCUGUAGGCGGCUUCAUCAAAUCCAAGUGUACUGCUUUGCAUCUUAAAGAACAUUUGCCACAUUUAUACCUUUUUCUCUCAUGUUGCUGUGUAUUUGAAUUGUAUUGUUUGCCUUUGUUUCAGUUGGUUUGUAAUGGACUGAAGAAUUGCACUGAAUCUUUUUUCCCCCCCUCAGUAAAUAAAC